AUGCAUCCCGCAAAGGAUUCCCAGCUUACCACUGCCCUAUACUACAAGGAUACGGCAGGAAAAAUGGACGCCGCAGAUCCCACCCUGGCUAAUGAUCAAAAUCCCAGCCUUGGUCUCAGGAAGUGGUACAUAUUUAGCAAACUGAGCAAUAUCAUCGAAAUGACAGGCCCUCUCUUCAGUGACAUAUUCAUGUCCGAACGCCGCCUCCUGAGUUAUGUCGACUUGAAAGUUGUUCUCAAUAGAAGCAGCAAUGCAUUCUGCCUAAUGGCCUCCGAGAAUGAUAGUGAUUUCCGGGUACACUUAACAGAUGCCUAUCUCAAGGUGCGCAAGGUAAAGGUAAAUCCCAGCAUUGCAGUGGCUCAUGAAACUGCACUCAAGAACGGACCGGCUAUUUAUCCCAUUCGUCGUGUAGAGUGCAAAAGCUUUACGGUUCCCGGAGGAAACCCGUCCCUUCGCAAGGAUAACCUCUUUAAUGGACUUGUACCAAGAGCGCUUGUUUUCGGAUUAGUUGACGGUGACGCCUUUAAUGGUAACCCCAAGAAAAAUCUGUUUAACUUCAAGCACUUUAGCGUGUCUUCCAUUGGAAUAACCGUCAACGGAGAGGAAAUGCCCUUUAAACCUAUGAAACUUGCCUUUGGUAACGCACCCCAGUACGUCGAGGCCUACGCCACCAUGUUUUCUGGUACGGGAAAAAUGUAUCAUAACACUGGAAACGACAUAACCCGGAGUGAAUUUGCCAGCGGUUAUGCCAUAUACGCCUUUGAUUUAACACCAGAUAUGUGCGGUGCACAUAUCCCGCAUGCUAACCGCACGUUUGUGCACCUUAUAAGCCCAUAA